ACCUCUCGCGGCUAUUACAGCUUUAAAGUGUACAGAACUCCAGGAACUCGUCGUCCGUGUCCAGCACUGACAGUCAAUCAGGCGGAAAGAGAAAAGAGAGAAAUCAACGUCGUCCAACGCAUCCGCCGUAUUCGUCUGUACGAGUUCGCGAGCUAACUCGGAGAACUAGUCGAGCUUUAUCUGGGGUGCGUUAAACGGUGCAUCGACCGUCAGCUCGUACUUGUCAGCUCACGACUCGACUCGCAUCGAAGGAUGUUGAUGCAUAACGUUAGUGGUAUCGUAGCCGAACCAUUGGCUUUCGCUAGCAGAGUCGGAGAUGUACAGCCUCUGCAAGAACGAUUUCUAGGAUGGAAUUUUCCUGCCGAGCACGCAGACCUCGUGCAUCCACAUUGGCGCGCAUUUCUCGCGCCCGGAAGACUAUGGCAUGUCGGCCUUGCGCUUAUUUACCUCCUGCUCUUAAUUCUCUCUACCGUCGGGAAUGGCAUCGUCAUUUGGAUUUUCAGCACAUCGAAACCAUUGAGAACGCCAUCAAACAUAUUCAUUUUGAAUUUGGCCAUAUUCGAUCUUCUGAUGGCAACAGAAAUGCCUAUGUUAAUUAUAAACAGCUUCUUGGAACGAACAAUUGGUUGGAAGACUGGAUGUGACGUGUAUGCUUUGUGUGGCGCAAUUUCCGGAAUAGGACAAGCAAUCACCAAUGCGGCGAUCGCCUUCGAUCGAUACAGGUCGGCAUGGUCGAGCUUUCACAAUUUUUAUUGAUUAUUACUAGACAAUUACGAAAAAAUAGCUACAUGUUUGUUAAAAUUUAGUAUAUUCUCAUCAGAAUUUUCAGAGGGUUUCCUCACCACGUGCAGUUUUGAUUAUCUUACGGACAACGAGGACACGAGGACUUUUGUGAUAUCGAUAUUUUUCUGGGCGUACGUCCUGCCUAUGCUGAUGAUUAUUUAUUUUUACUCACAAUUGUUGAAGUCUAUUCGUACUCACGAGAAAAUGCUCCGCGACCAAGCCAAGAAGAUGAACGUCAAGUCGCUCGUAUCAAACCAAGACAAAGAGAGGAGCGUCGAGAUGAGAAUCACAAAAGCCGCUUUUACGAUUUUCUUCCUCUUCGUACUCGCGUGGACACCGUACGCGGUUGUCGCUUUAACGGGAGCCUAUGGAAAUCGCGAAAUGCUUACUCCACUCUCGACUAUGUUGCCAGCCAUAUUUGCCAAGACGGUAUCAUGUAUCGAUCCAUGGAUAUAUGCAAUUAAUCAUCCUAGGUAUCGACAAGAAUUAAAUAAGCGCUGCAAAUGGAUGGGAAUCCGAGAACCUGCAACCGCAGAUACCGUAUCGGCGCAAACCGAGAAAGUUACAGCUGAAGAGAUGUAAUUUCACUGAUGCUCAUCAAGUGUCCUCGAUGACAGUUGCCGAGAAGAUGUCGAUCGAUUGCGUCGCAUUCUGAUCACGAAUGUUACUUUAACUGAUCGUCUAAAUAUUUUUUCUCUUAAAACAUAUUUCAUUUAUAAAAAAUGUAGACGGAAAAUUUCUCUCUUUUUGUUUUGUGGAAACAAACUCGAGAAUAAAAAAUGAUUGCGUAUUGUUUAAUUAACGUAUGUCAAGCUAUUACAUAAAUAUAUAUGCGAGCAAAUAUAACAGUUUCUUUUUCAUCUCUUCUUAAAUUCUUCCUCCUCCCCAUCCAUAUCCUC